AUGCCGGUCGCGACGAGCGCGCCGUCGAAGAAGAAGCGGCUCGCGAAGACGACGAAGACGAAAGAUGCCCGCGCGCCGACGAGGCCGCGCGUCAGCCCAAAGGUGCGACGCGCGCGCGUCCUCGCGUCGACGCCCAUUUUAGAUCUCGCCCCAAUCGUCGCGUUCGGCGACGUCGGUCUCGUCCUCCGCGCGUCGUCCCGUCGUCGCCGACCCCUUCGUUCCCACCACCGCUCCCACUCACGCCGUCGCCAGCGCGCGAUGUCUGGCCUGAGAAGCGCGGCCGCGACGUCGCCGGCGCUCACCGCGCUGAGCUCGACGAUCGAGCGGAAGCGAGACGCGUUUCGCGCGAUGGAGAUCCGAUGCGCGGCGCAAAACGCAAACGCGCCGCCACCGGGGACGACGCUGACGGGCGCGCCCCGGCCGGGGGGGCGGUCCGUCCCGUCUUCUUCCUCCCCGCGCGCGCCGCCGUCGCCGAUGAUACGCGGGACGAAGUCGAUGCCGAUCCCGGCCGGGUGCUCCUCCUCUGCGUACCGCGCGAGCCUGUUGCCGAAGCGGAGUACGCGCGCGGCGGCGGCGGCGGGGACGCGCGCGGGUAGAGGGAAAAACGCGCGGCGCGGCGGAGGCGGGAAGCGCGCGACGCUCGCGCCGCCGGGGCGCGCGCGCGCGCGCGAGGAGGAGGGCGGUGCCGGCGGCGCGGAGACGCCGGCGGCGGCGGCGGCGGCGGAUUACGACGCGCAGCUGGCGGCGGCGGCGGAGGCGCUCGCGGCGAACGUCGUCGCCGCCGCGGCGGCGGCGUGCGCGAUGGAGUCACGAGUGGUGACCGAGGAAUCACCGCGCGCGAUCGAGGCGGCGGCUGAAGUGCGAGUGCGAGCGCGCGAGUCGAGCGACGAGACAGAGAAAGAGGAAGAGAUGGAAGAGGAGGAGGAGGACGCCGACGCCGACGCCGACGCCGACGCCGACGCCGGCUGCGCGUCGGACGGCGCCUCCCGCGACGCGUGGCCGAGGCCUUCCACGCCCCCCCCGCGCGCCUCGAUGACGCUCCACGAGCGCGAAGCGCUCCUGCGGUGCGUCAGCGAUACCCCACCGGACCGGGAAGACGUCGAACUCUACGCGCUGUACUUGGGCAUGGACCUCGAGCGGGACGAGGAUCUGCUGUUCGUCGCGGAGUGGGCGCUGCUCGCGCCGCCGCCGCCCGGGUGGAGCGAACACGUCGACGGCUCGGGGAGGGAGUUUUACCACCACGCCGCCACGGGGAGGAGCUCGUACGAGCAUCCGAUGGACGAUACGUACAGGGAGCACUACGCGUGGGUCAAGGCGAGGCGAGCGCGGGGGGUGAAGUGA